GAAGGGGACGGGGGGGGGGGGGAAUCACUCACCUUGGUGGUGAGCCUGUGGGAGUUUCAUCGACCAGAGGAGCUUGAGAUGGACUGCCGAUGGGAUGGAGCGAUGUUGGUCACACUGCUGCUGUUGACAGGUGAGUGUCCGGCAGCAGACCCAGUGCCGGGACACCGGGACCUGCAUUGCAUCAUCGGCAGACGGCUGGACUUUGGCUCCGUGUAUGACCUGGGCAUCCGGCGCGACCUCCACAGUGUGACCUUGAAGGUGACCCGGAACGCGACGCUCCGGGUCUUCCAGUACGUGUUCUCGGGCCCCAGGAUGAUCCCCACCGCCCCGUACGUGGACCGGGUGAAGUUUGACCCUGACACCGGCUCCCUGCAGCUCCUGAACUUCACCUCCAGCGACACCGGGCUGUAUCUGCUCAGCCUGAUCACUGACAGCGGCACUGAGCUCUCUGCGUACACCCACGUCCACAUCUACAAAGAGCCCUCGCAGCCAGAGAUCUGGGAAUGUCGGUCGGGGAACAACGUCUCGCUCCACUGUGCGGCCGAGAAUGGCACCGAUCUGCAGUACUGUUGGGACAAGGACGGCGUUGGAGUGGAGGGAAGCAGCUGGGCGGCUCUGUCCUGGGACAGGCAAAACCUCACCUUGCUGACCGGUGUCCCUGUAACCUGUGGCGUCUACACCUGCCUGGUGCAGAAUCAACUCGGCCUGAAGUCUGCCACGUACUCUCUCCAAGCAUCUGAUGGGUUCCCGUUUUGCAGAGGAGAACCGAGCAGAAGGAAACUCUACGGCAUCCUGCCAGUGAUCGUCAUCCUCCUCCUGGUCGGUAUCGCUGUGUUGCUUUGGAGCAGGACGAAUGAGCCAGGGGCCAGAUGUUGGCCGGAGAGAUGGACGUCAGUGAGGAGUAGAUCCACCAUUGUAGGUGAAGCCCUUGUGGUGUCCAAUGGCACACAACGCCCCAGGAGAAGGAGCGACAGUUCGACAGAUGCCCCUGAGGACCUAACUAAUGAGACUGGGCAUUGAUGAGAACAUGUCUCCUGACAAUUAUUUAUUGUGGGUAUAAGCUGUGGCUCGGAUAUUUAUCAAAGCUGUUAGUAGCAAUCUCCAUGUGUCGUUGCUUUGCAGAGGCAGUGGGGACAAAGGGCAGGAAACUAUCACCCUGACGGUAUUCAGCGGUUUGGGCCCAACCAGUGCAGAGAGAAAGAGAGUCACUGUUUCAGCUGGCACCCAGUCAUGGCGUCGGACAGCUCAGGAACAGGCC